AGAUUGGACAUUCGCUGGUUUCCAGGUAAACGUGUGCUGAAGCGUCUUUCACCAGCCUGCAAAAUUUGAAGUGGAAAACGGUUUCGCUACGCAAAUUGAAAAAAAAAAAAACGCGGAAGAAUGGCGGAUAUUAUGGGUUUCAUAAACAGGAUGUUCAAGUCGGCGAUUGAACGGGUGACCAUGCAUGGAGGUCCCGGACGGAACACGGACGAAGUCGACGCCGCCAGCGGCGAGAACUUCACCGUCGUCGGCGCCCGGCGAGACCUCGGCCGGGCCCUGAAGGUCCCCACUUGCCGGGCCCUACAGGUCCCCACUUGCGGCCCCCGAAGCGAGCCGUCGCCUCAACAGUCCCUGGAUUCGACGGCGACUCGACAGCAGCUGACAGACGGCUCGGAGCUGGAGGAGGUGUGCCGCAUCUGCCACGGGUCGCAGGGCCGACUGCGGUCCCUGUGCGGCUGCCGCGGCUCGGUGCGGCUCGUGCACGGGGACUGCCUGAAGAAGUGGCUGGACGUGUCGGGCAGCUCGUGCUGCGAGCUGUGCCGCCGCCGCUACCUGCUGAGCGUGGAGCCGCGCUACUGGCUGCUGCAGUCCGUGUGGGUCUGGCUGUCCACCGAGGUCAGCCCGUGGCAGAUCGUGACGAGCCAGGCCAGCUGGCUGCUCGAGCUGUGCGCGUGCCACAUUUUGGCCUGCUGGCUGGCCCGCGCCGUGCGGAAGGGCGAGAACCAACUCGUCGACCGACAAAACUGGUACGCGCCGGCCGUCGCCGGACUCCUGAGGCUCCUCGUGCGCGUCUACCAGCUGGAGCGCAGCGCCAUGUUCCUGGAGGCGGCUGCCUGGUUGGUCCACUCCUGGUAUCUCUGGUGGCUUACCACGUUCGACGUCGGCGCCUGCGACCCUCUGGACUCCCCUCUGACCGCAGACGCGUCCUUCGAGGACAUCGACUGAAGACCCGGAGCCUUCCAGCAUGUCCUCGGUCCUUCGUCCUUCGCGCUCGGUCGCUUCUCUCGCCUCGAGCUUCAUCCAGCGUCGCUUCCUCAACAGGGAGAUAGAUGUCAAUAAAGUUUUGCUACCGACA